GAUACAGCUUAUUUGCACUGAAAUUGUCUCGGAUGGACCGGUUUGAAUGGUUCAAGCAUUUGGUAUUGCUUAUUUAUCAGCUUCAACGAUGAUUUUCCGACGAUUACCUAAUUACUUUCAUUAUGGUGGAGAACGUCUUAUUGAAUCGAAUAUUCGUAGUAAAUUUGAGGUAUGGAUCGGGAUAUGGGCAUCGCCGUUUAUAUUUCUUGCAUUUAUUAUGGCUAUUAUCUUGAAUCGAUGUAUUGUUUAUGCAUCGGUGAGAAGACCGGUUCAUUUAAAUUUUUGGAAACGCCUGGUAUUGCGUUUGAUGCCGAUUAUUUUACUUUUUAAGACGUCAUGGAUGUUACUUUCAUAUAUUAAGUUUAAAAAUGAUCCAAUUGCAAGAUAUUUUCCUAGUUUUAUUAAGCCGUAUGAGGCCCCGUAUAUUCUUUGGUCGACAUAUAAGAUUAUAUGUUUUACGACAUUUAUGAAUACAUUUAUAGCGUCAUUGCAGAUGCGUCUUCCUUUAAAUGAUCAUGGGAUGACUAUUUUCGAAUAUGCCGUAUCUUUUACUGAACUUAAUUUUUCUACGCCAUCAACGGAAAUGAUUGUUAUUACUUUUCUAUCUGUCUUUGGAAUUUUAUUGUCGCAAUUUUUAUGUCUUUUUAAUAUUGAGCGUUUUAAAUUAAUUUCAUCAACUAUCAUUGGUUGCAGUUUCUUGUCAUACUUUUCAUGGAGUAUUUAUAACGGCCGAGGUUUACAUUUUUCUACAACGGUUUGUGUCUCAUUCAUACCUCAUUUAAUUACUAUCUUUGUCAUUAUUAUCUCUUUGAUGAUAUCUUUGCUAGUACGAUUGAUUGUUAAUCAUUCAUCUAAUUUAAGAACUGAUAUUUUCAAUGGAACGAUUUUUGUUGGAAAUAAUCUUGGUCUUGAUAUGAGUGAUGAUUUUUUUGGCCUUCUUUUGAAAUUUGGGAUGUUGGCACUUACUUCAGCACAAGAAGCUGUUUUCCUUAAUGAGGCAGAAGAAAUUAAACUCGUAGAAAAAACUUGGAUAGAAGAAUCAGAUGAAUAUUUAAAGUUAAUAAAUACUAAUGGAUUUUCGAAAGAAAGGAAGAAUAUUGAGUGUAAGAAUGGGAAACAAAGAGAUGCUAACAGAUAUCGUGUUUCCACAUGGAAACCUACUAUAAUGCUUUUGACAAAAACUAUUCAAACCGUAAAAGCAUUGAUUUUGUGGAUUAUAAUUGUCUUGAAAAAAGGAAAGACGCAUCUUUAUGAAGAACAUGUUCAAGAUAAUCAGGAUGUUAAUUCUCUUUAUAAUAGAUUUAUUCAAGGAUAUGAUAUGUUAGAAGAAGAAAGUGAUGAUUCGGAUUUUAUACCAUCAUUAUCGAUUUAUAGCAAUGAUGAUAAUGAGGAUUGGAAAAAUAAUGAAAGUAUAGAAGCAAAUUUGCAUGAGAGCUCUAGCGACGAUAACGAUAACUAUGCAGAAAGAUCAUUUUCUGAGUUGUUUCCGAAUUUGAGAAGUUUGGCUCCUUUUAUUUCUCCGGAUCAUGAAGAAUCUCGUAUUCUCCAGUCACAUAUGUCAUCACAUACUGUAGUUACAAGAUCAAAAUAUCGUGAAAUUUUAUGUUCAAGUUAUGGAUCGGAUGAUAUAAAAAGGCUUUUAGAAACAAUAAAAGAGCGUAGACAGUCAAUUAGUAAGCUUGGUAAUAAUUUUGGAGAUGAAAACAUGGUUCAAAUAAGGAGGUGUGUAAUAUGCUGUUCUAGUAUGAGAAAUAUUGUUUUAUGGCCAUGUCGUUGUUUGGCUUUGUGUGACGAUUGCAGGAAAACAUUAGCAAUGCGUAAUUUUAAAGAAUGUCCUUGUUGCAGACAAUCAGUAAUAAGUUAUAGUAGGAUUUGGAUUCCAUAAAAUUAUACUAAAACAUCAAUUUAUUGUCUAAUAUUACAUAUUAGUU